AUGAUCCCUGUCACACGUUGAUGAUUAAGGCUUGGCAGCCUUCCUGCGAGAGCUUCCUUUCAUCCUUUUCCCUAUUAAAAAGUCUCAGGUGGUUCUUACCCCACUGUCCUGGUGGUCCCUGCUGGCUGUUCCCCCCCCGCCCCUCCCCCCACCAUUUCCAUUUUCUACCCUUGGCUGCCCUCCCGGUGCCUGGGGAGCUAACCCUGGGACUGCGUCACCCAGGAUCUCUUCCUGGCUAGCUUCCACUUGGAUGCAGCUCUUGGGAGACUUUGGCUAGAAGUCAGAGGGUGGGAGGAAAGAACAGUUGGGUGUUUUUUCCGGCUUUGGUGAUGCUUAUCUGUCAAUAGCUGUGACUCCCUCACACCUGCUGAGCAGCUUCUCCUCUAUGCCUCCAACUUCCACGGGGCUCCAGGAUGGCAUUUCCUCACCAUGCCCCUCAUGAUGAGUCCUUCAGAAUUGGUCCACGGAGGAGGAUUUGGCUCCCAGUGACCCUGAAAUGGCUGGAACACUUAAUUGUGGCAAGGAGUGCUGCUUCUCAAAGGGUACAGAUGCUAGAAAGGUUAUUGUGCUUUCUACGAAUUCUCUGAAUUGUGGGUCCCUUUUUCUGGACAGAGUAUACUGCCCUCACAUGGUGAUAUCACACAAACUAUGGUGAAAUGCUAUUCAGAAUUUCUACCCAAAAGCAGGGAAAAGGCAGCUACUACAACGAACAGCAUGAACUUCCCAACUUAAAUGGUUUCAUGCUCUGUGAACCUGAGUUAAUAUGCCAACAGAUAUGACUAAUCCUAAAUUAAUGGGCGCUCAGGAAAGUAGGAGUUUCCAAACUCCUGGACGGCUGACGUUUAUUCAGAUUAUUUUCGCUGUCUGAACCUACAUUUUAGAAAAUCAGUCUAAAGCAUAUCUGCCUGCCUUUUUUUUUUUCUGCCUGCUUUUUAGCCAUAUUGAACUCUAAAAUGGUGAAUUCAACAGAUUUCUCCUUCCAUUAGUAUCCUGCAGGUGACAGGACCACUAUGUUACAGGUCUCUCUCUUUUUGGGUAUGGUUUGGAGCUAAGGGAAAGGUAGUGGUUGGGUAAGAGUAGGUCCCCUAGGAAAACACCUAGUGGUUGUUUUUAAAAUGAAUUUGCUUUCUAGUCAUUAAUGUCUUUGCUAUAAAAAACAGAAUUGCACCCCCCUAAAGUAUUGGUUUAAUUUCGUUUGUGUUAACACUGAUAGGUGAGUAUCAGCUAUUACCAUUUAAAAAAAAAACUGCAAGUGACCAAUUGAAUGAACUGAGUUAAUGAAAAGCCAUCAGACAACCAAAGGUGACCACUUUCAAGGCCACGUUCAAGCAGCAGCUGCAGUAGCGAACCCCAUGCAUUCGCUGAGCUCCUAUUCCAGGGGCUGCUCCCUGUGAUGUGAGGCACUGAGGACACAUAAGGGAGAGAGGCUCUCACUAUGAGUAAGUCAGCACUGAGCAGGCAUCAAGUGCUGUGUGGGUGGAGGACGACAAGGAGGAGGAGAGGCUGUGGUGAGCACAUUGGGCUGGGGCGGGUGGCCUGGAUUCUGUCUCGGUGGCCAAGUGCUGCUGGAAGCAAGCCACUCGCAUCUCUAGACAUCAGUUUCCUCAUGUGAAAAUGAGGCAUUCACUCAAUUUCAAAAGGCCCCUCAGCUUCUGAGAUUCCAGAGCGGAUGGUUUUUUUGGAAGAGGGAGGGCUGAGUGUGGGCACCAGGAACUGUGUCAUUUGAUGGGUGAGUCAGACGAGGGGCAUUAGAAAAAUAACAUCUUCGCAAUCAACACAAGGGCAUAGGCAAUUAGGAAACCCGUAGCUGACAGCUUGAGUGUCUGUCUAUUCCAUUCGUAGGAUGUAUUCCUGAAGAGGGGCUGGUGACUCAUCAGGUGGCUGUAACCUGAGGAAAUAGAGCUAUGCAAUUCCCUUGCAGUGACUCCAGGCAACUGAAUGAUCUUAAUUUGGUUUUCUAAGGCAGUUUCCCCCCCCACUCCAGGCAAGAGGAGAAGCAGGCUUUGGCAAUUGGAAAUUGACAUUCUUUUGUGUGAGGAAUAUCAGAUCACAUAUGAGAAAUGGCUGAAAUUAUACAAAGUAGCAUUUUCAAAUGUAAAAGGAUAACAUCUUAGUAAUAUCACCAUUAGUUAUGAAUCAUUUUUGUGCUGAUUUGGUGAGCCCUUGAACCUUUGUUUUCCCCUAGAGCUAGUAAACCCUAAGUGACUUGGUGAGUACAGAAUUCUGCAUCUGCACAGCUAAUCAGAGGUGAAAAUUACUAACAUUUACAUAGUGCUUUACAAUCUGCAGAGUGCUUUGUGAUACCAGUAGCUCUUGGAGAGAGGGAAUAUUAUUUUCCUGUCUCUAGUUCAGGGAAGCUGAGGAUUAUAAAGCAAAGAAGUGUUUGGGUUGGCUGUCAGACCUAGGUCUUCCACUCCUAAUCCAAGUCACAGUGCUGCUGUUGCUUCUGAAGGGAGUGUUUGCUCUUCUCCCAUCCAGUGCUCCCCGGCCCCCAAUAUACACACACAUAGACUCACACAUAUUACUGUACAAGAUCCGAGCCCGGUGGGACAGCUGAAGGAGUGAUGAGAAACAGAAGGCAGAGAAGAAACCCAAAUGCCAACCUAUUCUGGAGAUCAUGGAACUACUUCUCUUUCCUUUUAUCAAAUGCCACUCAAAGAGCAUAGGGCCUUUCCAGACAGCUAUCUCAUGGCUGGGUCGGUUCAGCUUUCCUUAGUCCACGGACUCAGGCUGAAUCUUCUUGUUGCAGGUGCAAAAAGUGCCCAUUCUGCUUAGGUGGAAUCUUGGGGGUGUCCAGCUCCUACCUCUCUUCCCCUGAAAGGUUGGUCAGGAUAUUUCUGCUGAAGGUAACUAGGGAUCCUCAACUGGGACAGUCCCCACAGAGCAGCACUGCCUGACCUAACCCAUGGGGGCUCCUGGUAUCUCAGCUGCUGGAGCUGCCGGUCUCAGAUUACGGGGGAGGGAUCUCAGGACCUCAGCCCAUUGUGUGCUGCAAGCCAUCUGCUGUGCAGGGACAGCAGCGGAGUGGGAUCUUUGUGCCCAGACCCUUCCCAUUCACGGAAGGAAGUGGAAGACUGCACUGCCUGGCUGGGGAUUCACAGAGGCUUAGGGAAAAGAUGAACUGGCCCCAUUCCUGCAUCUCUUUUUGCUGGAUUUACUUUGCUGCCUCAAGACUGAGAGGUAAGAGGCUGCCGUAGAAACAGCAGAUGGAAAAUAUGCUCAGAAAUUGUUUAAUGACCUUUUUGAAGAUUAUUCCAACGCUCUUCGUCCAGUAGAGGAUACAGAUAAAGUCCUGAAUGUCACGCUCCAGAUUACACUUUCUCAGAUCAAGGAUAUGGAUGAAAGAAACCAAAUUCUGACGGCCUAUUUAUGGAUCCGCCAAAUCUGGCACGACGCAUAUCUCACGUGGGAUCGAGACCAGUAUGAUGGGCUGGACUCCAUCAGGAUCCCCAGCGACCUGGUGUGGAGGCCGGAUAUUGUCCUGUAUAACAAGGCUGAUGAUGAAUCUUCUGAGCCUGUGAACACCAAUGUGGUCCUGCGGUAUGACGGGCUAAUCACCUGGGAUUCACCGGCCAUCACCAAAAGCUCCUGUGUGGUGGAUGUCACCUACUUCCCCUUUGAUAAUCAGCAGUGCAACCUGACCUUUGGUUCCUGGACCUACAAUGGCAAUCAGGUGGACAUAUUCAACGCCCUGGAUAGUGGAGACCUCUCCGACUUCAUCGAAGAUGUGGAGUGGGAGGUCCAUGGCAUGCCUGCUGUGAAGAAUGUGAUCUCCUACGGCUGCUGCUCUGAGCCUUACCCAGAUGUGACAUUCACUCUCCUUCUGAAGAGGAGGUCCUCUUUCUACAUCGUCAACCUCCUCAUCCCAUGCGUCCUCAUAUCUUUUCUGGCUCCCUUGAGUUUUUAUCUCCCAGCAGCCUCUGGGGAGAAGGUCUCCCUGGGAGUGACCAUACUGUUGGCCAUGACUGUAUUUCAGCUCAUGGUGGCAGAGAUCAUGCCGGCCUCAGAGAAUGUCCCUCUGAUAGGCAAAUACUACAUAGCCACGAUGGCCUUGAUCACAGCCUCCACUGCCUUGACCAUUAUGGUGAUGAAUAUCCACUUCUGCGGGGCUGAGGCCCGGCCAGUGCCACACUGGGCCAGGGUGGUCAUCCUGAAAUACAUGUCCAGGAUCUUGUUUGUCUACGACGUGGGUGAGAGCUGCCUCAGCCCCCGCCACGACAGGCAGCGGGACCACCUCACAAAGGUUUAUGGCAAACUUCCAGAACCUAAUCUGAAUACGACCAGAAACAAAGACCUUCCCAGAAAGAAGGAAAUGAACAAACUCUUAAAGAAUGACUUGGGAUACCAGGGUGAGAAUCCGCAGGAUGCUGACAGUUACUGUGCACGGUAUCAAGUACUAACAAAGAAUAUUGAAUACAUUGCCAAGUGCCUCAAAGACCACAGGGCCACCAAUUCCAAGGGGAGCGAAUGGAAAAAGGUGGCAAAAGUCAUAGACCGAUUCUUUAUGUGGAUUUUUUUCAUUAUGGUGUUUGUGAUGACUAUUUUGAUCAUAGCAAGGGCAGAUUAGUGAGUAUUUGGUAAGUGGGGAUAAAUCAGUACAAUUCCCUGUGAUCUACUCUAAUGCUCUUCCAAGUCAGAAAUAUCUAAAUCUAUAGACACACACAUACACAAAUAUAUAUAAUUUAGGGGUUAUGUUAUCUUUUUAUUUUUAACUUCAGAGCAAUAUUAUAACUAGCUGUCAGGUUAAAUUAAGCAGGAGGUCCAAAAUUUCAAGGGUAGGAAAAUGGAAGAAAUGCAGAAAGACCCCUUUUAUAGUCUACCAAAGUGGUAGGUGGCUGGCCUCUAGUUCAAUUACUCGCCCCUUUAGCAGUGCAGGUAACAAAGUGCACUACAUUUGAUUUAAAACUUAAAGCAAAACAAAAGAAACUCAUCUUCUCCUUAGUCCAUAUUAGAACAUACUUUUGAAAAAGGAAACUUGCCAUGUAUUCUUUAGUGUGAUUUAAGUCUUAAUGUUACUUUUCUCAGGCCUGGUGCCUUUCAAGCCAUAUCUUAAAUGAUGAAACAAAAAAUCUUGUCCCAUAUGAAGAAAGUCUAAGAAUCAGCAGCAACUUAAUGGGGAAGAGGGUUUUCUUUGUAAUGAUGAUGUUAAAUACGUUGGUUAUAUUUUAUAUAAGCCUUAAAGAUGAAGUCGUUUCUGCAUUUAGUCUUGGAUUUAAAUGAGAUCAUUAGCAAACUGGGCUUAUUUAUUCAUUCAUGCAAUUAUUUACCAAACAUUUAUGUUUUCCUACAUAUAGUAAAGCUGCAUGAUUCACAUUUGCAUUGGGUGUCAUAGCAACUCUUAGGCACAAGUCUGAUGACUUUUGAUAUUCACUGUAAUUCUGUGAGCUAGGUGGGCAGGCAUUUCUAGUUAUCUUUGUCAGCGGAAGAAACUGUCAGAGGAAGGUGGGUUAAGUGACCUACCUCCACAUCCAACUACAUAAUACUUACAGCUGGGCUAUAAACCCUUAGCACUGUGACUCUGAGUUUGGGCCAGGUCUGCUAAAGCCACACUGCUUUUGGCCAUGACAAAUCAUGAUUUAGGAUAGUAGUGAUUGAGGGAUUCUCAUUCAUAGUUCUGAAUUUUGGCCCUAAAUUACUUCUUCUGCUUCUCAACUUUUUCCCCCUACUUUCAAUCAAAUAUGUCUUCAAAUUCCCUUAAUUCUCACCUUGAUUCAAAUGAUACAAGUACUAAUACUCAUUCCCUAAUUCCCAAUUCCUCAACUAUUCUUUUAUCAAUUAAAAACAAGCAAAUGAACAGACAUGGAGAGAGACAGCGGUUAACCUAGAAAAAAGAGGAUGGCAUUUGUUUAAACAUAUAGACAUUGUUUUUUAUUCUUACAUUUACUUAUUCUUAAAAAUAUUUAUUGUGCACCUACUACAUACUGAGUGUUAUGUCAGCCUUGAAGGGAACAAAUAUAAAACAUGGCUACAACCUCUGGUUUCUUACAUGGUGCUUGUAGUUUAGUAGAGGAGACAGUUAGGAAAAUAGACUACAAUGUGCUGUAAAAGUGCUAUCAGAAGUGUGGACAGAUGUCAUAGGAACAACGACAAUUAAUCUGUUUGAGUGAAAGUUUGGGAAAGACUUGUAGGGGUGUAACAUUUGAGUUGGGCUUUGAAGGAUGAGUAGGCGUUUGCUAGACAGAAAAAGAAGUAAGCAGGGAUUAGAAGGAAUUGGGGAAAUAUAACUUAAAAUCAGAAAUUUUCUUCUUUUAAAUUAUUUUUUAUUGAAGUGUAGCCACUUUACAAUGUUAGUUUCUGGUGUACAGCAAAGUGAUUCAGUUAUACAUAUACAUUUUUUUCAGAUUCUUUUCCAUUAUAGCUCAUUAUAAGAAACUGAAUACAGUUCCCCCUGCUAUACAGUAGGUCCUUGUUGUUUAUUUUAUAUAUAGUAAUGUAUAUCUGUUAAUUCUAAACUCCUAAUCUAUCCCUCCACUCCUUUUCCCCCCUUGGUAACCACAGUUUGUUUUCUAUGUCCGUGAGUCUAUUUCUGGUUUGUAAAUAGAAUUAGAUUCCAUGUAUAAGCAACAUAAUAGGAUAUUUGUCUUUCUCUGUCUGACUUAUUUCACUCAAUAUGAUAAUCUCUAGGUCCAUCCAUGUUGCUGCAAAUGGCAUUAUUUCAUUCCUUUUUAUGGCUGAGUAAUAUUCCUGUGUGUGUGUGUGUGUAUACCACUUCUUUAUCCAGUCAUAUGUUGAUGGGCAUUUAGGUUGUUUCCAUAUCUUGGCUAUUGUAAUAGUGCUGCUAUGAACAUUGGGGAUCAUGUGUCUUUUCAGAUUAGAGUUUUCUCCAGAUAUGUGCCCAGGAGUAGGAUUGCUGGAUCAUAUGGUAAGUAUAUUUUUAGUUUUUGAAGGAACCUACAUACUGUCCUCCAUAGUGGCUGCACCAAUUCACAUUCCCACCAACAGUGUAGGAGGGUUCCUUUUCUCCACAUCCUCUCCAGCAUUUAUUAUUUGUAGACUUUUUAAUGAUGGCCAUUCUGACUGGUGUAAGGUGAUACUUCAUUGUGGUUUUGAUUUGCAUGUCUCUAAUAAUUAGUGAUAUUGAGCAUCUUUUCAUGGGCCUGUCUUCUUUGGAGAAAUGUAUAUGUAGGUCUUCUGCCCAUUUUUUGAUUGAGUUGCUUUUUUUGAUAUUAAAAUGGAUGAGUUGUUCAUUUUUUUUUUUUUUGGAAAUUAGUCCCUUGUUGGUUGCAUUAUUUGCAAAUAUUUCUCCCAUUCUCCAGGUUGUCUUUUCAUUUUGUUUAUGGUUUCAUUUGCUGCAAAAGAUUUUAAGUUUAAUCAGGUCCCUUUUUGUUUAUUUUUGCUUUUAUCUCCAUUACUCUAGGAGCUGAUUUGAAAAAAAUAUUGCUGAAAUUUAUGUCAAAGAGUGUUCUGCCUAUAUCUUUGUCUAGGAGUUUUAUAAUAUCCAGUCUUACAUUUAGGUCUUUAAUCCAUUUUGAGUUUAUAUUUUGAUAUGGUGUUAGAAAAUACUCUAAUUAAAGAAAAUUUUAACACCUU